AUGGCGGCUGCUCCCACCGCGUGCGUCACGCGUAGCGGCGCUGAGGCCGGCCCCGCCCCGGCGGCCCCGGUGCCAGGAGAAGGGCAGAGCCCGGCGCCGCCGCCCCGGGCUGGGGCCCCGCCCGACCGAGCGACCGAGCCUCGCUGUGGGCAGGGCAGGGGAACGCCCGAGGAGGUCCCUGCGGGGAAACACCAGCUGCAGCUGCAGGAGGGACCGGCAGCAGCAAGGAGCCCCUGUCCCUCGGGUGCAGCCCCCAACCUCAGCUGUGUGAACCACAGCAUCACCUCCAGCAGCGCCAGGAAUCGGCGAGCUGGGAGCUCUAGGACAGAGCAGUAG